CAAAAGAAGGCCACACCUCGUGACAGCCACCAACAACACGUUCAUGUGCGCUCCAGAUCAGCUAUUCUUUAGUAUUUCCAACUGCACCUGAAGGCAGCGGGAGGCAGGAGGUGGAGAGAGAUAGAGGCUGAAUAACAGUGAGAGAGGAGGCGGGGGGGGGAGAGAGAGCGAGACCCAGCUAGCGACAGCAGCACUGUGAGCCUGUCUACCACUAACUGACCGCUGUUUAGCGACAUUAACAGUAUAAACCAACAUUGAAUAAUUGUGCUUUAGUUAAGAUAGGACUCCACCAGCAUGUCGUCGAGUGUGAACCGACAGAAAUGUGUGCCGGUAGCUAGCUAGGUGAACGUGAAGACAAAAAGGGCAUCCUCUGUGUGUUCGAGUCCGCUCGUAAUCUCCGGAUGAGACUUUCUGUGUAAACGUUCAGUGAAGCAGCGCGGAGGAAUCGUCCGCUGUUCGACCGACCCUCCGGUCCCGGUUACAGAAACAUACAGGGCAGGGAAAAACCGCCAAAGUGUCGACAUGAAAUUCACAGAGCAUCUCUCCGCUCACAUCACCCCGGAGUGGAGGAAACAGUACAUCCAGUAUGAGGCUUUCAAAGAGAUGCUGUAUGCUGCUCAGGACCAGGCCCCAUCUAUUGAAGUCACAGAUGAGGAUACGGUCAAGAGGUACUAUGCCAAGUUUGAGGAGAAAUUCUUCCAGACAUGUGAGAAAGAACUGGCCAAGAUCAACACCUUCUACUCUGAAAAGCUCGCCGAGGCUCAGCGGCGAUUCGCCACGCUGCAGAAUGAGCUGCAGUCAUCUUUGGACGCCCAGAGGGAGAGCUGGGCUAAUGGGCGGGGCCUGAGGAGGAGGAAGACGGUGUUCGCCCUGUCGCAGCAGGAGCGAUGCAAACACAGAAACAUAAAGGACCUGCAGCUGGCCUUCUCCGAGUUCUACCUCAGCCUCAUACUGCUGCAGAACUAUCAGAACCUGAACUUCACAGGUUUCAGGAAGAUCCUGAAGAAGCAUGAUAAGAUUUUGGAGACGUCAAGGGGGGCCGACUGGAGGGUGGCCCACGUUGAAGUGGCUCCAUUUUACACAUGCAAGAAGAUCACGCAGCUCAUCUCUGAGACCGAGGCGUUGGUCACAACAGAGCUGGAAGGUGGUGACAGACAGAGGGCCAUGAAGAGGCUGAGAGUACCUCCCCUGGGAGCUGCACAGCCUGCUCCUGCUUGGACCACCUUUAGAGUCGGGCUUUAUUGUGGAGUAUUCCUUGUCUUAAUAGUGACUGUGGUCAUUACAGGAGCUGUGGUGAUCCGUAGUACUGAUGUUUGGCCUAUGGUCAGGAUCUACAGAGGAGGCUUCCUGUUAAUAGAAUUCCUCUUCCUGUUAGGCAUCAACACGUACGGCUGGAGGCAGGCAGGAGUGAACCAUGUACUCAUAUUUGAACUCAACCCCAGAAACAACCUGUCCCACCAACAUCUGUUUGAGAUUGCAGGUCUGUUGGGGGUGCUGUGGUGUGUCAGCCUGCUGUCCUGUCUCUUCAGUGAUAGCAUCCUGGUGCCAAUGCAGGCUAACCCUCUGGCUCUCUACGGCCUCUUUUUCCUCUUCCUCAUCAACCCCUUCAAGACCUGCUACUACAAGUCACGCUUCUGGCUGCUCAAACUAUUGUUUCGAGUGGUGACAGCUCCGUUUCAUCGCGUUGGCUUUGCAGACUUCUGGCUGGCUGACCAGUUGAACUCUCUGGUGGUGGUUCUGAUGGAUCUGGAGUACAUGAUCUGUUUCUACAGUUUUGAACUGGACUGGAAAAAACACGAUGGACUCAUCAGCAGUUCAGGUAAAGAUGUGUGUAACUCCUACUCCUACGGCGUCCGUGCAGUGAUCCAGUGUCUUCCAGCUUGGUUCCGAUUCAUCCAGUGUCUGCGUCGUUACCGCGACACCAAACGGGCCUUCCCUCACCUGGUUAAUGCUGGGAAAUACUCCACUUCCUUCUUUGUUGUCACCUUCGCUGCCCUAUACAGCACACAUAAAGCGGAAGACCAUGCUGACACUCAGAUCUUUUUCUACUUGUAUAUCGGCUGUUUGGUGGUCAGCUCAUGUUACACACUGGUCUGGGAUCUGAAGAUGGACUGGGGCCUAUUUGACCGCAACGCAGGAGAGAAUACCUUUCUGAGGGAGGAGAUAGUCUACCCACAUAAGGCCUAUUACUACAGUGCCAUAGUGGAGGAUGUGCUGUUGCGAUUUUCAUGGACUCUGACCGUCUCCCUCAGCACAGUCUCCGGGUUGCACGGCAUCUCUGACAUACUGGCGACUAUACUGGCCCCAAUGGAGGUCUUUAGGCGUUUUGUGUGGAACUUCUUCCGGUUGGAGAACGAGCACCUGAAUAACUGUGGUGAGUUCAGGGCCGUGCGAGACAUCAGUGUGGCUCCGCUCAACGCUGACGACCAGACCCUGCUGGAGCAGAUGAUGGACCAGGAGGACGGAGUCAGGAACCGACAGGGCAAGAAGAGCUGGAAGAGGAGCUACAGCAUGAGUCUACGCCGGCCACGACUGGCCUCACAGUCCAAGACCCGUGACACCAAGGUUUUGAUAGAGGACACCGAUGAUGACUCCUGACAUCAGGCCACGCCCCUCGCCUGGGUCCAGAAUUUAUUCAAAGGAGGAAACUCCACCUCCUAACCGAGGAAUUACCCAGCGAGUUGGGCGUUGAACACUCAACCGAGGACUAGUUUUAAACUCUCAUGCCUACGUAUUCCUUUCUCCAAUGCAUGAGCCUCUGCUCGGGUUCAGAACUAUUUCAAAAGGAGGAACUUUCACCUCUUGAACAAACAACCCAGCAGCACGGCCAGCAAACUCAUACUCCUACCUUCAAUAAUAAAUGGGGUGGGCUAAUCACUGAAACUCUACCUUACCCAAGCAUUGGGUGAAAAACCUCCCUGCCAUUCUCAGCCACCCACAGGUGGACUCUCUAACUACACCCACUCUUCAGCCAUUGCUUGGGCUCUCCUCAAAGCCUCAGCCUAGCAUGAACAACGCAGCUAAACGGAAACGCAAGCCGAUCACCCUGACAGGAAGUGUCCUGCUCCCUCUCGGUGCCACACAGCUCCCGAAAAAGGGAGAGGCCGACAACUUCAAGCCUACUGCUGAUGAGGACCAAAAGGUUUUCUCCCUGCCUUUAGCUAUUAGUCUCCACCUACACUCCCAGCAUCCAAGUAAUGCUUUGACAAAAGCCUUGAAUAAAUGAUGCACCAUUCACACCUCAACAGAUCUCCAGUCAACCUGUAAUUUGGACCUCAGAAUGAACCUAAAGCCCCUUCUGUCUAAUUAGAAAAUGAGAAGGGUUGAAAUGUGUCCUCUUCCUUUUUGGCGACUUUUAAAGGCCUUGUGACCUUCUCUCUGACCCUUGCCGUUUUACACCGGCCUACAGACUAUGCUGAUGAACAUUUGGUAACGGCAAUCAGUCAUCAGCUUAACUCCCCCCGCUCUUCAGCUUGCCCCUUCAAAUCAUCACAGAGCUGCCUACCUGCACCUUACACGCUUUAGAAACACACACACAGAAACACGCACUUUGUAGGAAGAGUGAACUGGGGUGGAAUGCCCAUUUUGUGUGCUCGCACACACAAACAAUUAUUUGAUAUGUUUUAUUGUUAAUUGAUGCGGAACCAUUCUUUUUUUUUUUUUUUUGGAAACCCUGGGAAGAAAACACACACAUACAUAGACUAGCAAUUAUUUGUAACUGUGGUUGUAAAUAUGAGAUGGACCAAAGCAGGAGGUGGUGGGAAAAUAUUCGGAAAAUAUCAAAUACUCCUUACAAAAAAACAGAAAACGUGCUGAGUUCAGACUGUAUGGAACAGCAGCUGGAAUGACUGUUCAGCCAUGGAGCUGAGAAGGAAAUUUUACUUUGUGUUUCCGGGAAAAGAUGAAGACCAUCUUAAUCAUCCUGUGGGAUCUCCCAGUCAUCCCAUGUGGAAAUCUCCUCCAUCUGGAAAUUAUUUUGCUGAAUGUAUACCAGCUUAUUUAUGUAUCUAUAAAUGGGAGACAUGUCUAAAUACCACCGCUGAACCCAUUUAGGCAAUCAGUUUUGGAAACUUUAGGAUAAGUCCCAUGGAAUCUUUUAUUUCUCCCCUUAAGUAUUGAAAAAAGACUAAUUAAGAACGUUUGGAUUAUGAAACAGCCAUACUCGUCUUUUAAACUGGUUCAUUGAAAUGUGACGAUGAUGAAAAGGGGGGAGGUCACCUGUCUGUCACACACCGGUCCAAACUGUCACAAUCCAAGGGAUGGUGUAGUUCAACUUAAACCUGAAUGAAGUGGCCCUUCCAGCUGGUUUGGUGUUGAAUGAUCUCUGUGGGAGUGAAUCUGAUUGGCUGUGUUUAUACAUGCUGGUGUAGCUCAGGUUCCAUAAACAAACUGGUUUGGUUUCAACAUUUUAAUGGAAAAGGUUGGUUUAAAGAAAUAACCUGUUUGUUUCAAGACUGUCAUUUUAAUAUAUUUUCAUGUUCAGUAUGUAAUUCAACACAUUUUGAGAGUCUACCGUAAAUGUUCAAAUAGAAGCUUGGGCCGUUAUUACCUCAAUGGCAGAGAGAAGCAGAUCUUUAGAACGGGCUUAUAUUAGAGAAAGUCUUUUAUUCCUGAUUUUCCCUGACUCCCAGUUAACUUAGCCUGUAGUCUACUACACACUUGGAAGCUAUAUGGUAUUCAGUUGGUUGCCAUCUGCAACUUUAGUGCUACAUCCUACACACUGGACCUUCAAUGCAAACUCAAACUUCCUCCACUUUCACCUUUUUGUCUUGAUGUCUACAGCACUAAUCCCAUCAAUGCAACGACUUCCCAACUGUCAGAAGUGUUUCUUUUCAUUGACUGUAGCCUAAUAUUGGUCAGGAAAAACUGAAACUUUUAUGUGUUUAUGGUGGCCAUGCCUCUGCCAUUAUAUGAUUUUAAGAGAAUUUACAGUCAUUUUCUUUAACAGCUGUUAAAGGGGCCUGGCUGUGGGUUUUUUUUCCAUAGUUUGACAAAGUCUCAAUUAGUAAAAGAGCUACAAAAUGAAACCAUCUUCUGUUGUUUAGUGAAGACAGGUAGUUGUGAUUACACUGGAGAAAAUGUUUUUCUAAAUGUUUCUAAUAGAGCAAAGAUCUUAAUUGUGUUACUUUUUUCACAUUCCCAAAGUGGUUGACACACAUUGGUUGUUUAGUUGAGGAGGUUCUGUUUAGGUUUUAUUUUCUUCUACAUUGCUUGUUAGUAGCUUGUGGAUGCAAUUUGGAGUGACUGACUUCUGAAAUCCUUCAGGAAACCCUGAUAGAAGUCAGUUACCAGUGAGCAAUAAGUCUCUUAAGGAUUAUGUGCACUUUAAUGCCAGAUGGUUUUUUAUUUUAUUUUUAUUUUUAUUUUUCCUCAGACUUGAUGGAGGUACAUAGCAGUUUUAGUUUUCAUCAUCUUGUUUUACUGGUUAUUCCUGGAGCUAUCAACUAUUUGUUGGAGUCACUUUCAUCUGGGCUUCCAACAUGAGAAAGUCCACUAUUCAAAUGUCAGGCAAAGCCGAGUGGAAAGAAUAUAUAAUGUUGCAUGCAAUAGUACAUUAGAAGCAAUAUUUGUUAUUUCUAAAGGUCUUACUACUUUCUGAUGGAGGGCAGAUGGGCAAAGCAAGCUCAGUGGUAACACUGAUGUCCAGUGCGAGCUGUGAGGAACUCUGUAUAUACGUAGAGCUUCUGACAGGAUGCUGGUGGGUUGAGGCAGCACAUCUUCCACUGCUUGCAUUUCCACCUGUUUGACAGUAGGAAUAAUCACAUUUCCUGGUGGUUAUGUUGGAAUCUAUAAGAUUCAAACACAGCAGUCAGUGAGUUUUGUUUUUCACCCCUUCUUUUUUUUUUUUUACAAUCUUUUUUUCUUUAUGGCAUAUUUUUAUCUUAAUAAUCUGCUCUAUCAUUCCUGAAAACCUCCUGUGUAACCCGUAGUUGCAUAAAGCUUAGCUUCUUUUGUUCUCUCUCCCCACCCCAAACCUCAUGGGUAACCGUAGUUCAAACCAGCAGCUCUAAGACCUGGUCACACCAGCAUUUAAAACAGUGAAAGUUUGCUGCAAUUUCAACCAAUUGCAAUGGAAUCGACCCGAUUCGUAAAUUAGCUAAUGGGGCUGUGGUAAAUCUGCGCAAAUUUACACUUCCAUUUUGGUGAACCUAGACCAACAAAUUUGUGCCAUUGACCAAUAGCAAACCCUUUUGACAGUGCUGACCUUUGAGGGGAAGAGAGCCCAAGUGGCAGCGAGUACUGUCAUUACGCCACCAAGACUCGGCUUAAUUACCUCCAGGCUGUUGUUCUAUUACUGAUAUUUGACAAAGACUGUUGCAUGCAAGAUGUAAUAUUAUUCUAUGUAACAGUCUCCAUUGUUGCCUUCACCAUCCUCUCUUCUUUUCUCUUUAGAAUAUGACACACCAACUGGUGUGACGGUUUGCACUUCAGCUCAAGGAAAACCUGCUAUUUUUUAGUUCCAAUUGGGAACCACUUUUUCAGGUUCCAAACCAACUUAUUUUUGGUUGAAAUGCUCCAAACAGCUCGAAAUUAGGUGCUUGAGCUGGAUCGUGUUGGUGGAACAGGGGUAUUUCAGUUGUAACCAGGCCUUUAGGGUGCCACAAUUCAGCAAGUUGAUAUUAUAAGGCAACAAUCAGUCUGAGCAGGAAGGUCCCUCAAGGUUCACAUCAACUACUAAAAUCUGGAUCUUAAAAAAAGAGAUAAAAUGAUCCUUUUUUUGAAGACCUUUAGUUUGAUACCAUCGCGGAAGAUCUUUCUUGAUACAUCUGCAAAGAUGUUGCUUAGUAAAAAAAAGCUGGUAUUAAAAAAUGAGUAAAAGUGCAAACACUGACACUGCUCUCUGAAUUCACUUUGACCAUAACAGAAGCACCAAAAGUUUUCUUCUUGGCCUUUUAUUGCACCACUGGAGCUCAGGGUUCGUCGUCUUGUUCAUAGCUAAAAAGAGGAUUGCCCUCUCUUUUAUGUGUAUAUAUUUUAAUGAUAAAUAUCUCUUAAUUUCCACACAGGCUUUGAAAUUAGGGCGUUGCCUUCACUGCUUUCUGUCUUAUAAAAUGUCCACGCAGCAGACGCAAUCAUUCCAUCCAAAGAGAACAGUUUAGUUUUCUGAUUUUAAAGUUUGUUCAGGACUUUUAUAUUUUGAAAUUCCUCAGGUUUCUAUGUUGAGGUACUUCCUUAUGAAGCCAUUCCUGUGUUUAAAAGCAGCGUAGUGACAGGAGAGUGGGAGGUGAGAUGUGGUAAGAUUUGGACUCAGGACAUUGUGAGCACAUUUGCACCUUAACCUGCAAAUUCACAAGCAGCACUGAAGCUUCCUGACUUCCUGUCACCUGCCCCUUCUUCUUAUUGCAUUAUUUUCUGAAUGUACCAUUUGAAACCUCACUCCAUGAAUGUAUCUGUUUAUUACAUGAAUACACCAGAGAUCUGCUUUAGUAGCGUAGCAAAGGAAGUUAUUUUUUCAUUUUGUUUUGUUGAGUCAGCAGAACGCCAAACAGGAUGAUCUCCCCAAAACUUUGUGCUCCUUCAAUACCACAGCCAGGCCUGACGGUGUUUAUCAUGUUUCAGUUGUUGUGAUUCUGAACUCUUCAUUUUAACAUUUCAGCUGCAGGCAGGCUGACCAGGCUCAGAUCGUGUUGGUUCAGGGUUUCAAUUGUGUCUUUUUGGUUUUCUUUGUCUAGAUUCCUCCACACUCACAUUGCACAUGAACACCACACUGCUUUUAUGUGAAGACAUUUGAGACUGACAGACAGGUGAACCCCCUUUUUCCAAAACUCAAUCAAAUGAAGUGCAUCGGAAGAGGGAAGGGCUGGGUAUUGAUGAUCAGUACUGUUUCGGUACCAUGGGAAAUGUAUCCUUGAAUGACUCUUCUGUUCCGUAACCUGUUAAUCAGCAGUAAAGCUGUCAGAGUUGGAGAAUUUUCCUAAAACCUACCAAACUGUAGAGGUUGCUGAAAUAUGGCAAUAUUUCCUGAAAUCUAAAAACUACAGACUUAGUACAUUGGCAGCCAUACUGAUGAUCAUAAGGUGAAGCGAUAACAGACUACGACAGGUCUGAACCACUCAUGAAUUCUGUUCGUACAGUCGUGUAAAUUCUCUUAAAUUACUUGUACGUGCCACUGAGGAAUCAUUCUGUUCAUACGAGUUGUUCUUCCUUGAGGCCCAAUGUCUUCCUCUCCUCUAAAGUAAAACCAGAAACUUUGUCUGGUUCUUCAGAUAUUCAGAGGGGAGCAUUAGACGUUUAGCUCUGGAGUGAAGCACUUACGGAUUUUGAUCAGAAUGGAGUGCUAUGAUUGGAUGCAAAGUCCUACUGUUCAAAGUUACACUUUGAAGGAUCUGAGAAUGUUUCUGCGGGGGAAGCAACACAACUGGUAGCUCUGGUCCUUAGAUCGGAACGCUUCGAUAGGAAAACAGGGUUGUUGCCGAGGCUUGAGCGCCUGGCAACACUGUCCACUCUUCAGGUCCAGGAAGUCCCAGUCGCUGGUGGUGUUGCAAACGUCUUGAAGGAUUUUUCUCAAAUGUGUGCUCUUUGAAAUCAUUUGGUGUUCGGUGACCCCCGCCCUGAGGACACUGUGUGUCCUCUAAUCUUUUUGAAAUGCCUACUGGUCACCAGUUCUGUUGUAUCCACACCAGUCAUCAUCUUCCAGUACUCACUGUAACUCUGGGUCCGGAGCAUGAAGCCUCCCGGAGGAUGAGAAUCCAGGGAUGCGAUUUAUUUUACAUGUAAAGCCAUGCUGUUAAAUCUUUUUUUUUUUUUUCACAAAACUAAUUUGGUCUGAUCAGCUGAGAUGAUUGGAGACACUUCAUGCUCACUGGCCAAAAUAUUUCUCAGUGUGGAUCAUGGAGUAGGCCGUGAGAAACUCAACCUGGAUCAACGAUUUCACCUUCUCUGACAUCCAUAUAGUUCAAGCUAAAUUUAAAUGGGAAUAAAAUGGAGCCAAAAACCAAAAUGUGACCAAGUCUCCAUGUACCAGAACCAGUUCAUUUUUAGGCUUGAAAGCAGAGCGAGCGUUUUGAUCCACGUUCUGACCCCACCACGGUGUGACCCAGAGCUGUUGAUUAUACAAUACAUUAUAUAUUGAUGAAUAUAUUGAUUAGAAGCAUUGUAUAAUCGGUGACUGUGCUGUGGGUGUUGUCUUGUAUGUACAGUAGCAGUGUGAUGCUACAGAGGUGCCUGGUUCACCAACCCCUGUUACAGUUUUUCAGUAAAAACGGCUAAUGCUCAAAAGGUG